CUGGUGGUAGUGGCCCAAUGAGUAGGAUUGUGAGCAUGAAAGUUUCGCCUCUUGAUAAGAGGGUUGAAAACAGCCAGGAGGGUCCCAUGUGCUUCCCCCCUUCAUUUGGAUCAGGCCAUCAGAAAAAAGGAGAUGAUUGAUGGUGUGGGAGAUUCUGAAACCUUUGUUGUUACCUAGGGAUUCCUCAGGAAGGAAAAGACGAGAGAAUAUCAGCACCAAGAAAAAUGGGGGCAGAGGAUCUCCUUGUCGGAGGCCUCUGUUGGGCUCAAAUUUUCCAAACGGGGAGCCCCAUUCUAUUCUAUUGAGGAUGCACAGGAUGAAAGACGACUCUAUAUAUCCUGUCAAAAGCCUUAUACAUGUCGAAUUUGAUGGCUAUCAAACAUUUCCUAACCUUUUUCGUUUUUCAAAGUAUGGAAGAGUUCGUGGACGAAGAUGGAAUUAUUUUGUAUAUUCCUGCUCGCGUUUAAGGCAGGUUGAACGGUAGAGAUGAGAUUUGGGAGGAAUGGUUUCAAGGGAAAGGCCAAAAUUUUGGAGAUGAUUUUGUACAACGUGUUACAGAGGCUGAUGGGGUGAAAUUGAGAGACAAGAAAGCCCCAGGAUUUUUGUUCCCACAACGAAACCCAGAUCGAUCAACAACACUGUGAAUUGAACUGAUUAGGGAAUUGCAUGGAUGUGGAGCCCGGUAUGGUCUUUGCGUGUUUGGAUUGCGGGUCUGUGAUUUGGGUUUGUGGGUGUGAGUGAGGCGGUUGAUUUGCUUACCCAUAGUUCAUAAGUACAAUUUAUAAUCGAGCAAAUUGAUAAUUGGAUAGCCAAAUUAUAAAUAGAGUGAUAGUUUGAGGUGCUAUAAUAUAGAAAUAUAUAUGCAGAACAAUAAUUAACCACUUGAUGAGCAGUAGCUGUCACCAGACUUUUGAUCAUGUGCAGUGAUGAUCAAUGAGGAAGGAAUGAUGUAAUUGAUACCAAGAUGUAGGUUCUGAACACUUACAGGGCAGGAUCUUGAUGGUAUACUCCCACCAGCUCUGGUGAAGCUAAAGUACCUUAAGAUAAUUGAUCUCGCUCGCAACUACCUCAGUGGUAAUAUACCACAUGAAUGGGCUACUAUGCAGUUGGAACGUCCAUCGCUGUGAACAACUUAUCAGGACCAAUUCCAAACCACUUGGGAAAAAUGACCACUCUUCAAUAUCUGAGCAUAGAGAACAAUCAGUUUUCUGGAACUGUCCCACCUGGGCUUGGGAAUUUGUUGAACUUGGAGGAUAUCUUUCUUAGUGCUAACAAUCUCACAGGGGAGUUGCCCCCGGCUCUCGCCCGGCUAACCAAAUUAAGACAAUUUAGGAUUAGCAGUAACAACUUCACAGGAAAGAUGCCAGAUUUUUUCCAAAGUUGGAAGCAACUUGAGAAAUUAGAGAUCCAAGGUAGCGGUCUCAAAGGGCCAAUCCCUUCUAGCAUAUCUGUCUUGAAAAAUCUAACUGAACUAAGAAUCAGUGACCUGCUCGGUGAAGGUUCAGAUUUUCCACCCUUAAUGAACAUGAAACACAUGGGGGAAUUGACAUUGAGCAGCUGUAACAUCUCUGGAGAAAUCCCUGGAUAUAUAGCAAAUAUGAAAAUACUUAAAAAAUUGGAUCUCAGUUUCAACAGAUUGGAAAAACAAAUUCCAGAAUUUGAAGGUCUAACGUUGAUGAACACGUAUCUAACAAGUAACUUGCUUAAUGGGAGUAUUCCAAACUGGAUCAGGAACAGUAAAAGGAGCAUAGAUCUUUCUUACAAUAAUCUUACUCGAAGUCCUCAAGAUACUUGUACAGGAACAGGCCUGAAUUUGUUCAAAAGCUUCCAUGGACAGGAAAACUCAACGCUUGGUGUAUGCCCAGAGGACAAACCAUGUUCACAAGAUUACUAUUCAUUGCACAUUAAUUGUGGUGGAAGCAGUGCAAAUAUUGGAAGCAUAAGUUAUGUAGGGGAUACAGAUCUUGGAGGUCCAUCAAGAUUUUACGAAGCGGGAGAUAACUGGGGAUUUAGUAGCACUGGACACUUUCAGAAAGCUGAUAUCAAAAACUAUACAACAAAUAAUGUAUCUGUACUUAGAAUGCAUGACUACAAAUUGUACAUGAAUGCACGCAUCUCUCCCCUUUCUCACACAUAUUAUGUGCAGUGCUUAGCAAAUGGAAAAUAUACUGUGAGACUUCACUUUGCAGAGAUUGUAUUGAGAGGCAACAAAUCUUUUUAUGGUCUUGGAAGACGAAUAUUUGAUGUUUAUGUACAGAGGGAACUGAAGCGGAAGGAUUUUGAUAUUGUAAAGGAAGCAAAAGGGGUUGAUACUGCAGUCAUUAUUAACUUUACAGCAGUUUCAGUUAUUAAUAAAAGUUUAGAGAUUCGCUUUCAUUGGGCUGGGAAAGGGACAACAGCUACUCCAAAAAGAGGAAUAUAUGGUCCUCUUAUAUCUGCCAUCUCUGUGGAGGCUAAUUUCAGACCUAGCAAGUGGAAGAAGAACAUUGCGGUUGGAGCUGUAGUUUUUUCACUAUGUGUUGUUUCUAUCAUUUUAUGCAUUCUUUGGUGGAAGGGCUGUUUUGGUCGCAGAUUAUCAAGAGAAAAAGAAUUGAAAGGAUUGGAUCUACAAACCGGUUUCUUUACCUUCAAACAGAUCAGGGCUGCCACUAACAACUUUGAAGCUGCAAAUAAAAUUGGGGAAGGUGGUUUUGGAUCUGUCUACAAGGGUAUACUUUUAGAUGGUACUAUAAUUGCUGUUAAGCAACUUUCUUCGAAAUCAAAGCAAGGAAAUCGUGAAUUUGUGAAUGAAAUUGGCAUGAUAUCUGCUUUACAGCACCCAAAUCUUGUUAGAUUGUAUGGAUGUUGUAUUGAAGGAAAUCAAUUGUUCUUAGUAUAUGAAUACAUGGAAAACAAUAGCCUGGCACGUGCUUUGUUUGGUCCAGAGGAAUAUUGCUUAAACUUGGAUUGGCCAACAAGGCAGAAAAUAUGUGUUGGCAUAGCGAGAGGUCUGGCUUUCUUGCAUGAGGAAUCAACAAUAAAAGUUGUUCAUAGAGACAUCAAAACUACCAAUGUGCUACUGGAUAGGGACCUAAACCCAAAGAUUUCCGACUUUGGUUUGGCCAAGCUUGAUGAAGAGGGAAACACCCAUAUCAGCACCCGAGUUGCUGGAACAAUAGGAUACAUGGCGCCAGAAUAUGCAUUAUGGGGUUAUUUAACCUAUAAAGCAGAUGUCUAUAGCUUUGGGGUUGUUACAUUGGAAAUUGUUGCUGGGAAAAACAACAUGAAAUAUCGACCAAAUGAGAAUUAUGUAUGCCUUCUAGAUUGGGCGCUUGUUCUACAAAGAAAGGGUAAUAUAAUGGAGCUGGUGGAUCCAAAGUUGGGUUCAGAGUUAAACAAGGAGGAAGCUAGUAGAAUGAUCAAAGUUGCUCUCUUAUGCACUAAUCCAUCACCAGCACUUAGACCCACAAUGUCUGCAGUAGUAAGCAUGUUAGAAGGCCAAACCAUUGUUGAUGAAGUCACCAUGGAUCCGAGUAUAUAUGGCGAUGAAAUGGGGUUUAGUGCCUUAAGACACCAGUUUGACCAACUCCAACCAGUACCAAUGAGCUCAAGUGGAACAGAGAGCCUUAUACAUUCAUCAGUUGCGACAUGGGUUGGAUCUUCUUCUACAUCUGGCCAGGAUAUCUAUCCAGUUAAUCUUGAUUCUCAGUAAUGCCAGUAUAAUAUUGCCACCAACCAUGCUAAAUACUUUUUUUCUAAUAACUAAACCGCAUUUGCUUCACCAAAUUCAAGAGUUAAAUGAACAGCUGAGUGGUUUUAGUCCAUAGUACUUCUGCAGGGAUUUGGUUGGGCCUAUGGGAUGACCAUGGGAAAGAGUACAUAGCUUUGUUGUUUUACCCAUUGUUGAAUUCUGAAUAAGAGAAUAUGCUGUACUGAA